CCUUUCUCUCUCUUUCAUAAAUUCAUUCAUUCGUUAUAAAUAUAAUAUCUCCCUCAAUAUACAAAUACAGAAACAAAUAAACUUACAUAUUGAUCAAAGAGAUUGUGUGUCUGUGAUGGAGAUAACGCCGAAGAGGUAUUGGAGAAGGUGGAGAGGAUACGAGAAGCUUGAUGGGUCAUCAACGGUGGAAAGAAGGAAUGGAAAACGGGUCAAAAUGGAUCCGACCCGCAAGAAACGCUUAUGGAGGAUCAAGAUAAUGCCGAAACUGAGGAUCCUCAGAAGAGCGUCCCCUAAGAAGCUUCUCAUUUGGUUACGCGAUUCUUAUGUUAAUAUGAUGAUGAGGUUGGCGAACUCACGGGUCGUAGGAGCUUCUGGAUACGGUGGAUCCGGUUUUGGAUCGGGUCGGAUGAAAGAGUAUGAUGAGAAAGUGCUCGUGGAGAUUUACAAGUCCAUAUUGAUGGCGCAGGCGCAGGGGAAUCUCGUGCAACGCGACACGGCUAGCAAGCUUCCUUCUGAACCAGUGGUUGUAUCUGUCUCUCCUGUUGUUCAGUAAUUUUUAAAAUCACAACAAUUCUCCUUUUUCCUUAUAAUAAAAGAUAAUUAUAAUU